UUUGGCUUUACCCCAUUAAUAUUCCAGUAAUAGAUCUUUCACAAUGAGAUCCACUUUAUACAGUAACGGUAUUUUAUUUUAAAAUUGAUUUGGUCAUUUACCCUGUUAGUCCGUUUUUUCUUUCAAGAGUGGAAUCUUUUUAAUAAAAAUGGGAUUUCCCCCGCUUAAUUGAUAACCAUUUGUUAUCAUUGGGGGUUUUCUAAAAAAUGGAGUUGAUUGGAUUUGCACCAAUGUAAACCAUAAGUUUCAGACACAAUAGAAGAUAUGAAUGAUCUAUCUUUUUGAAAUAAUGAAUCGAGUUCCUCCAUUCUAUUUUAUUAACAGGUACUGAUCCUUGAUAUUUCAAAAAGAAUUUCCUUUUUGUGUUUCAGUCUAUGAUCUAAACGAGUCGCACAUACACCCGAGUACAUGUUCCUCGUCGCUGAGGGCAUCCCCGAAGCGCUGGGGAUUUUGUGACAUUUCGGAUUGGCUGUCUUGUAUUUCUAAUAAGUUGUUUAAUGGUUGGCAUACGGAAUCAUAUAAAUAAUGGGCUGGUUUAGAUGGGUUCUAACCGGCUAAUUCUGAAUUACUUCUCUUCAAGAUUCUCUUCAAUAUAAAAAAAAUAUAUUGAAGAGAAUAUGAAACUAAACCUUUAAUCUAAAAAGAUAUAAAAUUAGCAGUGGUAGAUUUGCAUGAAAUCGCUCCUAUUUUUAUUGAACCGCUACAAGAUCAACAAUGCCAUGAGCUUGGGCUUCUGUUGCUGACAUAAAAACAUCCCUUUCCAUGUCUUCGGAUACAACCCAUAUAGGUUUGCCCGUUCUUUGUACAUAAACCCUUGUGAUGGUUUCGCGAAGUUUUAGUAGUUCUUCCGCUUCCAAGAUAACUUCUCCCGUUUGUGCCUCAUAAAACGAACUAGCGGGUUGAUGGAUCAUUACCCUGAUGAUAUAAUAGAAAAGCUUUUUCUAUUUCGCAGAAUGAGGCGAGAUAACCAAAAAAACAGAGAAAUUUGAAUAACCGUACAGGCUUUUUUUGUGCGUUGCAUACGGCUCUAGAAUGGAAUUUACGUUUUUGACCUUUCCUUUCGGCGAAAGAAAACAAAAUAUAGGUUCUAUUAUACGCGGAUCCAUAAAUGAUCCAAUUACCAUCCUUCUUUUUUGUUUUGUAGGAGUUAAAAAAAUACUAUGAUGGUUCCGUUGCUUUAUAUAUCAUUUUUUUGAUCCGUCUAUGAUUCAGCAAUCCCAAAGUGUCUUUUUUUUUGUUUUUGUAAAUAAGCUUCCGGUGUGAAAACAAAGUUUGUGACGCUGGGAUGUGCCCGAAUAGGGAAGAUAUCAUUUUAAAUACCCCUUUCUUAUCCCAUACUACUCUUUCAAUAUAUAAUCUAAUUUUUUUAAUCUAAAAAAUUUCAUAUCGAAUUCGAAGUGCCAUGCUAUUAUUACUUAACUAAUUCAUAUUUCCGAGGGCGAAGGCAUAGUAUUUUUUCUCUAAAAUAAAAAAACUCAUUGGCGCCAAGCGUGAGGGAAUGCUAUACGUUUGGUAAUUUCUCCUCCGACUAGGAUAAAGGAUGCUAUUGAAGCGGCCAAUCCCAUGCAUAUUGUCUGUACAUCGGGUCGCACAAAUUGCAUAGUAUCAUAAAUAGCCAUUCCAGAUAUUACCCAUCCACCAGGAGAGUUUAUAAACAAAUAAAGAUCUUUGGUAUCCUUUUCUAUACUGAGAUAUAUCAUAAGACUAAUAAGUUGAUUCGAGAUUUCGGUAUCAACCUCUUGGCCUAAAAAAAACAAUCUUUCUCGAUAAAGUCGGUUGAUUAGGAUAAAAUUUUAUUCCUUAGGAGCCGUACAGGCACCUUUUGAUGCAUACGGUUCAACAAAAAUUGUUAAAAAAUCAAUGUGUCGAUUCCAACCCCCCCUUUUUUUUCAGAGAAGGCUUUUCUUUCUAACUUAAUAAGGGAAGGGCUUGCUUCCCUUUUAAAAGUAAAAGAAAAAAUAAAUAAGUUUUGGCCCCUUUUAUUUAUUAGAUAUUAUAAUCCUAAUAAUAAAAUAAUAAAACGAUUGAUUAGGCCUGUCAGACUAACUUGAUUCAUUGAUAUUUUUUUUUCAUCGAGAUUCAGUUGAAAUGGGGAUGGUUUUUUCUUGUUCCUGAAUGGGCUUCUUCCUUUUUUUAUUCCGUUUUUUUAGGUUUAUGCUCUACUCCGAGUAAAAGGAAAAAUUUGCCCGAUUUUGAUUUGCACAUAUAGGACAAAUGAACCAAAUACCGCGUCUUUUUUUUUUUUACUACUCCUUCUUUUUUUUUCAAUUCAUUUCUUUCACAUGUCUUCUGUCAAAUAGUCAAUAAAUUUUUAAUUAUAUUAUUUUAUUUGAUCAACAGUUUUAGAUCACCCUGUUUCAAUUUUUUGUAUUUUUUUUAUUUUUUAAUAGAAUUUUUAUCAUAAUUUUGAUAUCAUAUUCAUAUCAUAUUAAGUAGUAAUUAUAAAAAUAUUAUAUAUUAAUUAUCAAUUGGAUUUUUGCUAAACGGAGCCUGGAUACUUAAUUUUAUUAGUCCGAUCACGUAAACCAUAAAAAAUUUUUGAUAAUCUAAUAUCAAUCUAAAUACUCCCUGCAUUUAAUUCUAAUUUAUUUUUUGCGCUUCGCGUUACAAAUUUUUGAUAAUUCAAUCAAUCUUUUUGAGCGAAACAGAGGAUAUCUCGAUCGAGGGAGAAAAUGGGGAAAUCCCAUAUAGCCCAAUAUAUCUGACAAGUCGCACUAUAUGUCAACCCAAGAUGUAUCUCCUUCUCCAGGACUUCGAAAAGGUACUUUUGGAACGCCAAUAGGCAUGAAAUGAAAAAAAAAGAGAAUGAAGUUCUCUAUUUCACUUUGAUGUGGAAACGUAAGACUGGGGUUUCAUUUUUUUUUAUCAUAUUAUCCUUUUUUCCUACUUUAUUAAUAUUAAUCAUAUUUAAAUUAAUCAUAUUUAAUACAGAAGUUGAAUAAGCUAAAAUAAAAUAUAAAAUAAAAGUAAAGUAAGAGAGAAUGAAUAAAAAUUAAAGGAAACUUUUUACGAACGGGCUUCUGAACAACAAUAGCUAUCUUGGUUCAUAUAACAUAGGAUUCACCCCCAUUGCGUAUUGGUACUUAUCGGAUAUAGAAUAGAUCCGCUUCCCUUUUUUCCUAUGAAUCGAAUUGUUCCAUUAUUACUAACAGAAUAGAACAAAUAUUAAUCCUUUCUCCGAAAUAAUUACCUAAAAAGGGGGGGUCCGUAACAUAGUUUUUUCCAAUGCAAUAAAGUUACAUAGUGUCUAUUUUUCAUUGAUAAAGGGGUAUUUCCAUGGGUUUGCCUUGGUAUCGUGUUCAUACUGUUGUAUUGAAUGAUCCCGGUCGUUUGCUUUCGGUUCAUAUAAUGCAUACUGCUCUGGUUGCUGGUUGGGCCGGUUCCAUGGCUCUAUAUGAAUUAGCUGUUUUUGAUCCCUCCGACCCUGUUCUUGAUCCAAUGUGGAGACAAGGUAUGUUCGUUAUACCUUUCAUGACUCGUUUAGGAAUAACCAAUUCAUGGGGCGGUUGGAAUAUUACAGGAGGGACUAUAACGAAUCCGGGUCUUUGGAGUUACGAAGGGGUAGCCGCAGCACAUAUCGUGUUUUCUGGCUUGUGCUUCUUGGCAGCUAUUUGGCAUUGGGUAUAUUGGGAUCUAGAAAUUUUUUGUGAUGAACGUACAGGAAAACCUUCUUUGGAUUUGCCCAAGAUUUUUGGAAUUCAUUUAUUUCUUUCAGGAGUGGCUUGCUUUGGUUUUGGCGCAUUUCAUGUAACAGGAUUAUAUGGUCCUGGAAUAUGGGUAUCCGACCCUUAUGGACUAACCGGAAAGGUCCAACCCGUAAAUCCGGCGUGGGGCGUGGAGGGUUUUGACCCUUUUGUUCCGGGAGGAAUAGCCUCUCAUCAUAUUGCAGCAGGGACGUUGGGUAUAUUAGCGGGCUUAUUCCAUCUUAGUGUUCGUCCGCCUCAACGUCUAUACAAAGGAUUACGUAUGGGAAAUAUUGAAACCGUCCUUUCCAGUAGUAUUGCUGCUGUCUUUUUUGCAGCUUUUAUUGUUGCUGGAACUAUGUGGUAUGGUUCUGCAACUACUCCCAUCGAAUUAUUUGGUCCUACUCGUUAUCAAUGGGAUCAGGGAUACUUUCAACAAGAAAUAUAUCGAAGAGUUAGUGCCGGACUAGCUGAAAAUCAAAGUGUAUCAGAAGCUUGGUCUAAAAUUCCUGAAAAAUUAGCUUUUUAUGAUUAUAUUGGUAAUAAUCCAGCAAAAGGGGGAUUAUUCCGAGCGGGUUCAAUGGACAAUGGGGAUGGAAUAGCUGUUGGAUGGUUAGGACACCCCGUCUUUAGAAAUAAAGAAGGGCGUGAACUUUUUGUACGCCGUAUGCCUACUUUUUUUGAAACAUUUCCGGUUGUUUUGGUAGACGGAGACGGAAUUGUUAGAGCCGACGUCCCGUUUAGAAGGGCAGAAUCUAAAUAUAGUGUCGAACAAGUAGGUGUAACUGUUGAGUUUUAUGGUGGUGAACUCAAUGGAGUAAGUUAUAGUGAUCCCGCAACUGUGAAAAAAUAUGCUAGACGGGCUCAAUUGGGUGAGAUUUUUGAAUUAGAUCGUGCUACUUUGAAAUCCGAUGGUGUUUUUCGUAGCAGUCCAAGAGGUUGGUUUACUUUUGGGCAUGCUUCGUUUGCUCUACUUUUCUUCUUUGGACACAUUUGGCAUGGUUCUAGAACCCUCUUCAGAGAUGUUUUUGCUGGUAUUGAUCCAGAUUUGGAUGCUCAGGUGGAAUUUGGGGCAUUCCAAAAACUUGGAGAUCCAACUACAAAAAGACAAGCAGUCUGAUGCAACAUUGCUUUUUUCUUUUAGUUUCUGUUUGCGAUUUUUUUGAUUUCAUUUAAUAGGUAGGGUACUGUAGGAAUCUUGAUUUAAAUCGCUGCCGUUUCUUUGACUCUUUUUUGUUCUUUAUCCGGAGGUAUACUCCUUCAGUAAACAUAAACAAAACAGGUAUGAAAGCUAUAAUUGUAAACCACGAUCAAAUUUAUGGAAGCAUUGGUUUAUACAUUUCUCUUAGUAUCGACUUUAGGGAUCAUUUUUUUCGCUAUUUUUUUUCGGGAACCGCCUACAAUUUCAACUAAAAAAUGAAAUAAUUUUUCAUUCUCUUCAUUGACGUAAUCAGCCUCCAACUAUUUGGAGGCUGAUUACGUCAACUAGUCCCCGUGUUCCUCGAAUGGAUCUCUUAGUUGUUGAGAGGGUUGCCCAAAGGCAGUAUAUAGAGCAUACCCAGUAAAACUUACAAGUAACCCAGAUAUAAAGAUGGCGACUAGAGUUGCUGUUUCCAUUAUUAUAUAAUUGAAAGACCACAAUGGAUCUAUGCUAAGAUCGUUUAUUUACAACGGAAUGGUAUACAAAGUCAACAGAUCGUAAUGAAUACAAAAUAAGAUUUAUGGCUACACAAACUGUUGAAGAUAGUUCUAGAUCUGGUCCAAGAAGCACUACUGUAGGGAAGUUAUUGAAACCGUUGAAUUCUGAAUAUGGUAAAGUAGCUCCUGGAUGGGGAACGACCCCUUUGAUGGGUGUUGCAAUGGCACUAUUUGCGGUAUUCCUAUCUAUUAUUUUGGAGAUUUAUAAUUCCUCUGUUCUACUGGAUGGAAUUUCAAUGAAUUAGACUGAGAAGAAUCUUGAAGUGCUAGCUUUUUGUUCGAUACAAAAAAGUAAAGUAUGUAGGUCUAAAAUUUUGCACCUAUUCUCCUUUGGUAGUUCGACCGCGAAAUUUUUUUCUGCAUUGUAUAUUUCCGGAAUAUGAGUAAAGUUUAUGAUUGGUUCGAAGAACGUCUUGAGAUUCAAGCGAUUGCAGACGAUAUAACUAGUAAAUAUGUUCCUCCGCAUGUCAACAUAUUUUAUUGUCUAGGAGGAAUUACCCUUACUUGUUUUUUAGUACAAGUAGCUACGGGAUUUGCUAUGACUUUUUAUUACCGUCCAACUGUUACUGAGGCUUUUGCUUCUGUUCAAUAUAUAAUGACUGAAGCUAACUUUGGUUGGUUAAUCCGAUCAGUUCAUCGAUGGUCGGCAAGUAUGAUGGUCCUAAUGAUGAUCCUGCACGUAUUUCGUGUAUACCUCACCGGUGGUUUUAAAAAACCUCGCGAAUUAACUUGGGUUACUGGUGUGGUUCUGGGUGUAUUGACCGCAUCUUUUGGUGUAACAGGUUAUUCUUUACCUUGGGAUCAAAUUGGCUAUUGGGCAGUCAAAAUUGUAACAGGUGUACCUGACGCUAUUCCGGUAAUAGGAUCGCCUCUUGUAGAAUUAUUACGCGGAAGUGCUAGUGUUGGACAAUCCACUUUGACUCGUUUUUAUAGUUUACACACUUUUGUAUUACCUCUUCUUACGGCUGUAUUUAUGUUAAUGCAUUUCUUAAUGAUACGUAAGCAAGGUAUUUCUGGUCCCUUAUAAAUAAUAUAGAUUCUAGAUAUUUUUAAUUACUAAUUUAUCUUAUUACUUGGUGAAGGAACAAUCGUAUUUUAUUGCUAUAAAUAUGGAUUAUUAAAAAAAUAAGACAUGUAUUUGGAUAUUUCCCUUCAACUCCACAAUAUUGUAUUAUUUUUUUGACAUAAAAAGUUGAAGGGAAUUCUAUGAAGAGAAAAUGGAUUAUGGGAGU